UGUGUGGUUGUUUUUGGUGAGAGAGAGGGAGAGAGCGCAAAAAUGGGUUCGUUGAUUCUUCAAACAAAAUUAAGUCUUUUUAAACCCAACAAGAACAAUAUUGGUAGCACGGAUCGGCGCCGCCAUCAACAUGUUGAUGUACCAUGUUUGAACCAGAUCAAGUACACCUCCUCCGUAUCUUCUGUAUGUAAAGCCGUUUCUUCUUCUUCUUCAUCAGCAUCAUCUUCUACUUCUCCAGUCGUCAAACAAUCACAUGAAGAAGACGCUCUUAACAUCGCAGACGAUGUUACUCAGCUGAUUGGGAGGACUCCAAUGGUGUACCUGAAUGAGAUUGCAAAGGCGUCGGUUGCCAAUAUCGCGGCCAAGCUUGAAAUAAUGGAACCAUGCUGCAGUGUGAAAGACAGGAUAGGAAACAGUAUGAUCUCCGAUGCGGAACAGAAGGGGCUUAUUACUCCCGGCAAGAGUAUACUGGUGGAGCCCACCAGUGGCAACACCGGCAUCGGCCUUGCCUUUAUUGCCGCCUCCAAAGGCUAUAAGCUCAUCCUGACCAUGCCUGCUUCCAUGAGCCUCGAAAGAAGAGUUCUUCUCAAGGCCUUUGGGGCUGAUCUUGUUCUCACCGACUCUUCCCAAGGCAUGAAAGGAGCUGUUCAGAAAGCCGAACAAAUCGUCAACUCCACUCCUAACUCUUACAUGCUUCAACAGUUUGAUAAUCCUGCCAACCCCAAGGUUCAUUUUGAGACCACAGGCCCUGAGAUCUGGGAAGACACCAACGGAAAGGUCGAUAUCUUUGUUGCUGGAAUUGGAACCGGUGGCACUAUUUCCGGUGUUGGCCGCUUCCUCAAGAAUCAAAAUCCCGAUAUCAAGGUGAUUGGCGUGGAGCCUACUGAAAGCAACAUACUUUCUGGGGGAAAACCUGGCCCUCACAAAAUUCAAGGGAUUGGGGCAGGUUUUGUACCAAGGAAUUUGCAUCAAGAUGUGCUUGACGAAGUAAUAGAGAUUUCCAGUGAUGAAGCUGUUGAGACUGCAAAGCAGUUGGCACUCCAAGAAGGCUUGUUGGUGGGCAUCUCUUCUGGAGCAGCAGCCGCUGCUGCUAUCAAGGUUGGAAAGAGACCUGAGAACGCAGGAAAACUUAUUGCGGUUGUGUUUCCUAGCUUUGGUGAGCGAUACCUAUCGACGGUGCUUUUCCAGUCAAUCCGGGAAGAGUGUGAGGCAAUGCAAGCUGAAUCAUGAAAGGUUAUUAAUAUUUUUUCUCUUUGAUUGGUUGGAGGACAUAUGUUAGAAAACUAGCAAAUAAUCUUAUGAAUUAUCUUUGUGUUUUUGUUGGUGCGGACUCUUCUUGGUACCAACUUGGGAGUGUAGAGUUACACUUGAUGAAGAUGUUUGCAUCUUUUGCAGCAUCAAUCUUUUUUCGAAAUUUUAUUAAUGGCUUUCUCCGCUUCUAAUUGGGAGAAGGAUAUCUGAA